AUGCAGUCGAAUCUAUCAAGACGUUCGCAUCCGAAAACUCGAACCGGUUGCAAGACUUGCAAAUCUAGAAAGAUUAAGUGUGACGAACAAAGACCGGCAUGUAAGAACUGCAUCAAGCACGGGGUGGCCUGCGGCUUCCUAUCGUCACCAUCACGAGAUCCAAUGUUCUGCCUUUCACAACACGCAGGAGACUUGAACUUUCUCGAUCUCGAGCUAUUGCAUCACUAUUGCAACUUCACCGCGCACACGCUCUCAGGAAACCCCAUCAUGCGCGAGUUUUGGCGUCUCAAUGUUGUCAAACUUGGAAUCGAGUGCGACUACGUAAUGCGUAGCAUACUUUCGGUGGCCGCCCUUCACCUAGCGCACCUGUGCCCAGAGAGGAAAGACCAACUUUCUGAAAAGUCCAUGAUACACCAUGAGAUGUCCUCCCGGACAGCGGUGGGUUUGAUGCAGGAGGUUCAGGAGAGUAACAAGGCACAGUUGUUUAUCUUCUCCGUUUUGACCAUAUAUAUCGUACUAGCAAACACUCAACAUUUAAGUGAUGCGCCGCUGGCCGGCGCUGAACAGUCACCCGACUGGAUCGUUUUAUUCUGUGGGACAAGGUAUCUGGUUGGCGAGCCAAAUGAUAAUCCUCUGAUUUCACCGAUGAUCACGCGCACCAUAGCGCAUUUUCAGACCCGCGAGAGGCCGUAUCAUCAUACGUACCUGGGGGAUCUAGAGGCGAACAUCAACGCGUCAGAAAGAGAUGAUGGGCUGCUUGCAAUAUACAAUCAUGCCAUAAAUGAACUCUAUAAGUCUUAUGGGGUGUUUUACGAAUCUACGGAACCGCAGGAUAUCACAGAUGUCUUUGUCUGGAUUGCAUUGGUUGCAGAAGAUUUCCUUCCGCUCUUGCGAGAAUCCAGGCAAAAGGCGUUAGUCAUAUUCUUGUAUUUUUGCAUGCUUCUAAAACAGUUGCCAAGUCAGUGGUGGCUGGAUGCUUGGUCAGAUGAUCUCUAUGGCAAGACGUAUGGGUUACUAGAUGACGAGCACAGGCCGUGGAUUAGAGACCUCAGAACGGAAUUCAAUGAUAUCUGUUCGUGA